CCUGUGGUGGCACGAGGCCCCGACCGAAGGGCGCCGAGGGAGCCCUGUGCCGGAAGGGACUGAGUGUGCGCUUUGGUUAGGGCCAGCAAAAACUCAUCAAAGCUAACCAAAGCUCGUCUUCUAGCCUGGCUUCCCUUCUACCUACCCCCAGGUGUCUGGAAUCUCCUAAAAGCAUUUACUUUCAGAGGGCUGGCACAUUUACUAAGGCAUUAGUUACUUACUAGCGUUUUAAUGGGAGAAGGAAAUGGCACCCCACUCCAAUACUCUUGCCUGGAAAACCCCAUGGACGGAGGAGCCUGGUGGGCUGCCGUCUAUGGGGCCGCACAGAGUCGGACACGACUGAAGCGACUUAGCAGGAGCCGCAGCAGCAGCGUUUUGAUGAGGACCUCUAGAGCGACUGAACUGAACUGACAGGCUUUCAGACCUUGCGGGAUUCUAGGCACAAGGACAGAUUUUGAAGGCAUCUUUUGGGGAAGGUUGGUCCUCCCGUGGCCCAUUUGCCUUUUGUAGGAGUCAAAGCAAUUCAUUUUGCUACCAAAGUGAGAGUGUGAUUAGGGUGGUUAGGAAUGAUUCUCUUUCUUGUCUGUGUGUAUCGGAUUUUUAAAAAGAGCCCCCUACAGCCUGCUAUUUGGUGCCCUGUGUGUUACUUUUAGUGAAACAGCUUUUCUGUUACUUUUGGCACCUCUCAGAGAGAGGUGAGUUUUUUAAAGGUUAGAUGGUCCCUGUCCUGCUCUUAGAACCGUGUCUGGUGAAGUUUUUGUUACUGGUCAGGUUUUUCCUGUCUUGCCUGGCUCUUUCUUCAGCCAGCCAGGAGGGUUCUGUGCAUCUCAUGCAAAUGGAAUUCUCAGGAAGCCCUGCCAGUUUACCCCAGCAGCAGAGGGUCUCCAUUUCUGUACAUCUUGUUUUCCAUUCUAUACCUUGACCUUCCUUCCUUUCUGCAACUACCUGCCUAGCUAUAUACAUAUACAACCAUUUACCAGUGUACAUUGUUAUUUAUACACAGCAGACACAUUUCCUCUUACUCUCUGGUAGUUCCCAUCACCUCUAUCAUAGCAAUGAAAAACUUGCCAAAGGGGAGUGAGAAAACUUCAGAUGUUGCAAUGUGCAAAGGCCCCAGGCAUCUUUAGGUUAAACCUGAGUGGCCUGUUGGGAAUAUUGUUCUGGGGACUCAUGUUGGUGACUUAGUAGAACAUGUGAUUCAAGAGUUGCCAGCUUGUUUUCCCCUCUUCACUGGCCCUAGGAAAUUCAGGGUUCGGGUUUGGUCUGCAUGAAGCCAUAUCUUGCCAGGCAGGCAACAUGUGUCCAAGAACACCGGGUAGGAGAGCCAGAAGACAGCGAGGCUGAUCUUUCUCCUAGUGGGCAAGAACAGAAGACUGAUUUAUGUUAAUCUGUCUCUAGAUUAGUUGAAACCUGAACUUUGUUCCAGGAAUGAUUGACAGCAGUUUGUAACACUCUGCUCCAGCCCUGGUUCAGGGAGUAGAGAGGGAGGGGCUUCUGGUGAAUUACCUGUCACCCCUACUGACAAUCCUCUCAUUUCUCUGUUGUUUUAUAUCAUGCUGUCUAACCUUAGAGAACUAAAGAGUGUUCAUAUAAAGUGUAUUACCUGAGAGACAUGGUGUUUUGAAAGGUAUACAUAUUAUUUAUCAUUGCUAAUAUUUAUCAUUGCUAAUAAGUACAUAGCACAGUGCUGUGUUUUAUAACAGGUGUUCAAAAAAUGUUAAUGGUCAUCAUGUUAGGCUUUCUAAAUUCACAGGUCUGUUGGUAAAUGAGAGGGUUAUGCUAGUGAUCUCUUAAGAUUCCUUUAAGAUUUGGCAUACUGGGAUCUGGUCCUUGUUCUGAGGAUAAUGGUAUUUAAUAUAUUCUCUAAGGAUUAGUAUUUAUUGUGCAGGAGUUAGAACAGCAACUUUCCCAUCUCUCAGCAACCCUUUUGCAAUUCCUCUGGCAUGCAGUGCCAAGUGGGACUUGCAGCAAAAGUCUAAUCCAUCUAAGAAUGCCGUUGAAUGUGAGCUCCCUGCUCUCCCCUUCUGGAGUCUCUAGGGCUGAGCUGGAGUUUGGGGGUUGUAGGGUGAUAGGGCCAUUUGGACUGCAGUGAUUGGUUCCCUGAAGGGGCUGGAACAAAUAGCUGCUGAGUUUCACUCUACCUUCAGCUCUUCUCACCUCUGCUCCUUAGAGACCAGGCCCUCAGGCCCUCAGCCUCCCUUCAGCUCCAGACACGGAGCUUCUCCAGGCAGCCUUGCUUCACAGCAGGGAUUGCUCCUCGAGUUCACCCUGGACAAUGUCACUUGAUGGUGGAGGAGGACUGUGAGACGUGGUUGGAAGUCAGGUCGUAGCCACUUGCCUGUCACUGACCAGCUGAGUGGCAGCCCAGAGCCCAGGAAGAGCAAGCGGCCGCAGGUCACAGACUCAGAGAGAAUAUGAGUGUGGGGGUGAGCACCGCCACACCUCUCCCUCCAACCUCAGACACCAACGUGGUCACGUCCACCUUCAGCCUGGUGGACUAUGUGGUCUUUGCCCUGCUGCUGGUUCUCUCCCUUGCCAUCGGGCUCUACCAUGCCUAUCGUGGCUGGGGCCGACAUAGCAUCGGCCAGUUGCUGUUGGCAGACCGCAAAAUGGGCUGCCUUCCUGUGGCACUGUCCUUGCUGGCCACCUUCCAGUCAGCUGUGGCCAUCCUGGGUGUGCCAUCCGAGAUCUACCGAUUCGGGACCCAGUAUUGGUUCCUGGGCUGCUGCUAUUUCCUAGGACUGCUGAUCCCAGCACAUGUCUUCAUCCCCAUCUUCUACCGCCUGCAUAUCACCAGUGCCUAUGAGUACCUGGAACUCCGCUUCAAUAAAGCUGUGCGUGUUUGUGGCACUGUGACCUUCAUCUUUCAGAUGGUGAUCUAUAUGGGGGUUGUCCUCUAUGCACCAUCCUUGGCCCUCAAUGCAGUGACUGGCUUUGAUCUCUGGCUGUCAGUGCUGACCCUGGGCAUUGUCUGUACCAUCUACACUGCUCUGGGUGGACUGAAGGCAGUCAUCUGGACAGAUGUCUUCCAGACACUGGUCAUGUUCUUAGGGCAGCUGGCAGUUAUCAUUGUGGGGUCAGCCAAGGUGGGCGGUUUGGGGCACGUGUGGGAAGUGGCUUCCCAGCACGGCCUUAUCUCUGGAAUUGAGCUGGAUCCGGACCCGUUUGUGCGGCACACGUUCUGGACGUUGGCCUUCGGGGGUGUCUUCAUGAUGCUCUCCUUGUAUGGAGUGAACCAGGCGCAGGUGCAGCGCUACCUCAGUUCCCGCACAGAGAAGGCUGCAGUGCUCUCCUGCUACGCCGUCUUCCCCUGCCAGCAGGUGUCGCUCAGCAUGGGCUGCCUCAUUGGCCUGGUCAUGUUUACCUACUACCAGGAGUAUCCUAUGAGCAUCCAGCAGAGUCAGGCAGCCCCUGACCAGUUUGUCUUGUACUUUGUGAUGGAUCUCCUGAGAGGCCUGCCAGGGCUGCCUGGGCUCUUCGUUGCCUGCCUCUUCAGUGGCUCCCUCAGCACCAUAUCCUCUGCUUUUAAUUCACUGGCAACUGUUACAAUGGAAGACUUGAUUCGACCCUGGUUCCCUCAUUUCUCUGAAGUCCGGGCCACCACGCUUUCCAGAAUCAUUGCCUUUGGUUAUGGGCUACUUUGUCUGGGAAUGGCCUAUAUUUCCUCGCAGAUGGGACCUGUGCUGCAGGCUGCCAUCAGCAUCUUUGGUAUGGUUGGGGGGCCGCUGCUUGGACUCUUCUGCCUCGGGAUGUUCUUUCCUUGUGCAAAUCCUCCUGGUGCCAUCGUGGGCCUGUUGGCUGGACUCAUUAUGGCCUUCUGGAUUGGCAUCGGGAGCAUAGUGACCAGCAUGGGCUCUGGCAGAGCACCCUCUCCCACUAAUGGGUCAAGCUUCUCCCUGUCCAGCAAUCUGACUGCUGUCACCAUGGCCACACUGAUGCCCUCGACUGCUGCCUCCAAGCCCACAGGGCUACAGCGGCUCUAUUCCCUGUCGUAUUUAUGGUACAGCGCUCACAACUCCACCACCGUCAUUGUGGUGGGCCUAGCUGUCAGUCUGCUCAGUGGGGGCAUGCGGGGCCGGACCGUGGACCCUCGGACCAUUUACCCAGUGUUGCCGAAACUCCUUGCCCUCCUGCCCGUGUCCUGUCAGAAGCGACUUCCCUGCAGAGCCUACAGCCAGGACGUCUCCUCGGAAGCCACUAUGUUUCCAGAGAAGAUGAGCAAUGGGAUGCUGAGGGGCAGCAGAGACCAGGAGGCCAUGGCCGUGCCUGAGGAAGGCCCCGCCCAGCCGGGGAUCAGCCCCGCCUUCAUCCUCCAGGAGACCUCACUGUGAUCCUGACUUGGGACCAAGACCCAGAGGCCCCCUGCGAUACAGGGAUGAGUUUCCUGGUGUUCUGCAGGAGGAUCACAGACUGAGUGACCUCACCCACACCAAAGGACCUUGUUCUUGGGAGUUUGUGCUACAGUAGAAGUUGUCAUGUCACAGGAGGUUUGAGAGUAGGACAAGGUUUUUCCUUGUUCUUUGCCCAUCUGUUCUCUAGAGAACUAGGCUUGCAGGGGGUACAGUUUUGCCAGAAAAAGGGAUAGAGGUGAAUCUCCUGGCAAAAGGAUAAUGGCUUCUGAUUCAGCAUCGCCAGGCUUCUUUGAGGUGAAUAGAAAUAGCUGUGCUGGGCCCACUCUGGCAAGAUUGAUGCAGAGCUGCCUUGGCCAGCUCUUGCAUCCCUUGCAGACCCAUCGGAGCACAGGUUCUGUCAGCCACACAGGGCCCCUGUAACACUACUUUCAGGUUGUCUGUGCUACCCAGACGUUCUUACCUGUCUACCUCCAUUCUUGAGAGGGAGGUUUUGGUGUCCCUGAGAGGCCUCUUGGAACACACAGGUACAUUCAUCUCCUUUGUGUAGAGUAGGGACGCUUUUUACCUGGCUGCCCCACCCCCUACCUUUGCAAUGGGCACUUGGGGAUGGGGUGGAUGUUGAUCCGAGAAACCAGGGCAUGACCAGGUUCACUGUGGAGUGCACCAUCCGUCUGACUCCUGAGCCAUGCCACCCUCAUGUCAUUUGGUCAUUCAUGCUCCUGUUUCCUUUUGGAGUUUCUUACCCACAUAUCUUUGUUCCUAAGGAAUAAAAACUGCCAUUGGGCUAGAAUCUGG